GAAAAAACGAGAAUGUUACAUUUUUUGAAAAAUUCGCUGAGUGAUUAACGAAAAAAUUGCCUGUUUCUAACAGAAAUAUUCUUAUAUUAUAUGAAGACUGUCGUAAACUGAAUGCCUAUUUGUUCUAGUUCGAAUUGAAAUUAGGUUCAAGAUGAGAAUCAAUUCAACUAGGAUGACUACACCUAUAGAAGAAAAAAUGGACCAAAAAUUAAAAGUGAGAACUGGAAUGGUAUCAGUCAGUGAUGGUAAAAGUAGACCCGUUCCAGUAAGGUUACAUUUAUCCAUGGAAGUAUUGAGGCUGCAAAAAGAGGAAAUUGUUCCUCCAGAGAAGCCUCUAACUUCAAAAGAGAGAAUGGUACAAAUUCGCAGACAGAAAGUAGGUGGAUUAGGCCUGAGUAUCAAAGGUGGAGCAGAACAUAAACUACCCAUUUUGAUUUCAAGAAUAUAUAAAAGUCAAGCAGCAGAACAAACCGGGGAACUAUUUGUAGGGGAUGCAAUUAUCAAAGUUAAUGGAGAAUACAUAACUGCAUGCCCACAUGAUGAUGCUGUAAAUAUAUUGAGAAAUGCAGGUGAUUUAGUUGUUCUGACUGUUAAACAUUAUAAAGCUGCAACCCCAUUUCUACAAAAGCAAGAGGAAAAGGAACAGGAAGACAACAAUACUGAAGAAAAGGAGACCUCAGAUGAAAGUCUCAAAGUUACAAAUAAUUGUAGCAGACCUAGCUCUUUGUAUUCUGAAUGCGAUCAAGAACUGAUGACACGCUGGAUAGAUAUUGUAACUUUACCUCUCAUGAUGGCAUAUGUUACCAGAUAUAUCUUCGGAACUGAUAAAUUGAGACCAAAUUCUUUCGAAGUCAGAGGUCUCAAUGGCAUGAGUACUGGCAUUAUUCAUUGCGACGAUACAGCAAUACUCUCACAAUGGCUCAAAUAUAUCACUGACAAUAUAAUCGGACUUACUAAUUUACAAAUGAAACUUUAUAACCGGAACUUCAGUGUAUCGGACAAAAUAGAAUACAUGGGAUGGGUGAAUGAAGGUGUACUGAAUAACAACCAACCUUGGCAAAAUUAUAAACCUAGGUUUUUUGCUUUAAAAGGUACUGAUCUAAUGCUGUUCGACACACCACCGUUGAACAUAAUAGAUUGGGGUAAAUGUCCCUUGAUGUUCAAAGUGUAUCAGACGAUGUUUAGAGUUGUCAAAGAUUCUGAAAAUGUAGAUGAAAGACAACAUUGUUUUCUUGUACAAACAUCUGGACAGGACUCUAGAUAUUUCUCAGUGGAAACGAGGCAAGAAUUACUAAGAAUAGAAAAUGCUUGGCACUCAUCGGUUGUUACAGCUGUUAUGAAAUUAGGUAAUAAAACAUUCACAGUAAGCUGUAAUGGAAAAACAGCAGGGUUAACUCUGGACUGGAAUAUAGGAUUUUCUUUACAUGAGGGCGACUCUAAAACUCCUGCAUGGCAAUAUAAAUUUUCACAGUUAAGGGGUUCCUCAGAUGAUGGUAAAUCUAAGCUGAAAUUACAUUUUCAAGACUGUGAAACUAGAGCUAUUGAUACUAAGGAAUUGGAAUGUUCCAUACUUCAAAGUUUGCUGUUCUGCAUGCAUGCCUUUCUUACUGCAAAGGUAGCUUCUGUCGAUCCUGGUUUUCUCUGCUCUAUGAUACCAUAACCCUAAUGUCCUGCCUUGGAUCUUACCUAAUUCAGUAUCCAGAGCAGAAAAUGUUGAAGCAUAUUAUCGAUAAGUUCCAAUUUGGGGGGGUGAGUUUAUUUAAAUGCAAAAUUGAUUGAUCAUUUUUUCAGAAUUGAAUACGCUCAAUACUAAGAGAAUAUUUGUCCAUAAACUUUGUUUAACAUUGGCAACUCCAUCUUUGUAAUCUCUGUAGUUACUCAAAGGUGAACUAUUUUUUUUUGUAUCAAUUUUAUUGAUUUAUAUUCAUGCAAUCUUUCUUUUCGAGUGCUGAAUCAACAGAUACUGUGUAACCAAAAUAAACAUGAUAUUGAGGUUUUAGAUAAUGCCACCAUUAAAAAUUGAGAAAAAAAAACUAGAAAGAAGGAAUUUGUGUUCUAUUUGGACCUUCACCGCAUUACUAGGCUAGAAGAGAACAGUAUGUCUUUACGAAUGUGAGGAGUUCAAUUCCUGGACGGGGAAAAUGUUUUUCUGAUUUCAGGGAUUCUUAAAAUGGGAAUUCUACCGAAUACAAACAAUUCUCCUAUCUUGCUCAACUGAGCUUCUGUCUCAUACGGAGAGUUGAGAUUUACAUAUUAGUAAAUAUGUAGCUGAGUUUCAUAACAUCGAAGAGUCUUUCAGACUCUUCUAAUUGUCAUUUAUAUGUAGAAUUUCGAUUUAGAUGGAGACAUGACAAAUUUGUCACUUCUUAAACAGGUAUAUAUAAAAAAUAUAUUACCAAGUUGUGUCAAUCUUACAUUUCCAAAUUCAUCUUAUAGCGGAUAUUCAUAUUCUAUAAUAUUAUUAUCUAAAACCUAAAUGUCAAUUUUUUCUGAGUCGAGUCUGUACGGUUUGAAUAAUUGUAAUGAUUCUUGAUUCUACCUUUACCUUUUCAUGUAAUGAAAUACAAAAACCUAAAGCCAUCAAAUAAAAAUUAAAACUGAUAAAAAUGAACUUUGACAUGACUGAUAUUAGAAUCGAAAUCUAAUCUACUGAUAUUAAAAAAGAUUCAUAGAAUUACUUUGAUUUUAAACAAAAAAAAAUUGUAAUCAUUACUUAAACUGAAAUAAUUGUCUUAAUCUCUCAUUUGCAAUGAAACUGUACAAUUGAUGUGUAGUAUCCUUAUAUUUGCGUGGAAUAGCCAAAAUACCUUCAGUUUUCUCCUAAUACACAAAUGCAUGAAAUAAAUAUAAUGUAAUAAUGACCAGAAUUCACCUCUAGUUUCAAAUUAUUUGAAACUGCUUUAUAUUAACCUUGACAACUGUUCUGUCUGGAAUCUAAAGAAAUGUAUAAAUUAGAUGAAAUGCACAAUAUCUACAAAUAUAUGUAAAGUUGUAGUGAGAAUGUUCCUUAUUAUAAUAUAGGUAAAAUAAAAGUUGUAUGUUUAUAUCGUCCCAC